AUGAGCUGGAGGUUGAUGGCUUUAAGAGAAAAGUUGGACGCCGUGAUUGAGUUUAAAAAAGAAGAUUUUUGGGGAGGAAGAGCCGGCUUAGGGUCCGUCCCCGGGAUUUUGGGAGCAGCGCUGGAUUUCCCAUCGCCAUCCCUGAGCCCACGGACUGCGCUGGAGAUGCGGGAAGCCCUGAAAGGGUUAAAGGGGUGCGGGGGGAGCCUGGAGCGACCCCACCCUCCGCCCAGCCGCGGGAAUCCCGCGGCGCUAAUUGAGCAGCAAGCCCAUCAAAGGCUCCGAUCGCACCGGGCUCCGCUCUUUGUCUGGGCCGGCGGAGCGGGGAUGUGGCUCCUCCGCAGCCUCGCCUGGGCUCUGCUCAGCCCCGUCCUGGCCACCGAGCUGUGCCGGCAGGAGAGUUCCCUGCUGCAGUCGCUGGGGCUGAGCGCCAAGCCCAGCCCCAAAAACCCGGCGCCCGUGCCGCCCGUGCUCUGGAGGAUGUUCCAGCGGAGGGAGGCGCUGCCCCGGCCCCACAAGGACCAGGAUCCCUGCAGGGUGGAGGAGCUCAGUGUCCCCGGGGACAUCGUGCGCGUCUUCGCCGACCAAGGCCGUUUCCUCCCCGAGGGGCAGCCCCAGGGGCUGUGUCUGCGGAAACUCCUCUUCUUCAACCUCUCGGUGCUGGAGGAGGGCGAGCGCUUGACCAUGGCCCAGCUGGAGCUCCAGUUCCAGCACAACUCGUACCCCGCCCCGAGCCCGGGGCAGCUCCUGGAGCUGCGGCUGUACCGGGUGUCCCCCCGGGGGCUGCCCCAGCCCCGGCCGGGCCGGAGGCCGCUGCUGGAGCGGUCACUUGUCCAGCUGCACAAAUCGCUGCUGUUCGACCUGAGCGCGGCGCUGAAGAUGCCGGGCAGGGAUUUGGCUUUGCUGCUGGAGAUCUCCGCGAGCGGCCGGAGCGGGACCCUGCGGAGCCUCUGCGCCAGCAGCAGCGACUCCUUGGUGGCCACCUCGCUGCUGGUGGUGACCCUGGGCCGGCAGUGCCGCGCUGGCCGCAGCAGGAGGAACGCUCCGAGCCCCUCGGUGACCCCCAGCCCCCUGUGCAAACCCCGCCGGCUUUACAUCAGCUUCAGCGACGUGGGCUGGGAGAACUGGAUCAUCGCCCCGCAGGGCUACCUGGCCAACUACUGCGGCGGCGAGUGUCCCUUCCCGCUGGCGGCCGAGCUGAACAGCACCAACCACGCGGUGCUGCAGACCAUGGUGCACUCGCUGGACCCGCAGGGGACCCCGCAGCCCUGCUGCGUGCCCGUGCGCCUCUCGCCCAUCUCCAUCCUCUACUACGACAACAGCGACAACGUGGUGCUGCGCCACUACGAGGACAUGGUGGUGGACGAGUGUGGCUGCAGGUAGCGGGUUUGGGGCGGGAUAAACCCCGCCGGGGGAAAUCCCCGCUGCGUUCAGGGCUCCUCUCUGCGCUGGGGUGAGGCUGGAGCCGGUUUAGGGUUAGUUAGGAUGGGGUUGAUGGGGUCAUGACCGAGCCUGGUGUUGGUUUUCUUCUCUGCGGGGGUUGGUGGCGCCGGGCUGUGAAUCCCAGAUUUCCCCUUUUGCUCGUGCCGGGGCUGCAGCUUUUUGGGGUUUUGGCUGAGCUCUGCAGGUUUCUCAGGGCAUAAACGAUUUUUUUUCUGGGUGAAACGGGGCUGGGGGUUCCCUGGGGGAUGAUCCAGCUGCAGGGACUGGGAUGGGGUGACCAAAUCCCUUCCCAAGAGGGGCAGAGCCAGGCAGGAGCUGCUCCUGGGCUGAUUUUAGGGUGAGGGGGUGGUUUGGGGACAGGGCUUGUGUUGGGUGGCCAAACGCACGGGAGGUUUUGCCUAAAAAAAGAUUUUUGCCUAAAGAAUGGAGUUUUUAACCUAAAAAAUCCCCUGGGAGCCGCGUGCCAAGGGCAGGGAAUGCAGGGGGGUGUGAUGGGGUCAGGGGCGUCUCCUCCCGCCCAGCCAGUAUUAAUUAAUUUACCUCAUUAGCAGAUCGAUGAGCCCAGGGUGUCCCUGAGUGUCCCUGAGUGUGGCAGCCGAGCCUCGGGCAGGGGCAGAGCACUGAGCUCUGCACAUUUUGCUUUUUGGGGUCAUUUUUGGGGUUAAUUUUGGUGAUUUAUUGUUUUUGUGCUGGCUAGCAGCCCCAGGCCCUUUGGGGUGUCGCUGAUCUCGGGGCAGGGAGGGGCAGCAGGAACCCCAGUUUGGGGCAGGAGGGGCAGCAGGGACCCGAAUUUGGGGCAGGGGGAGCAGCAGGGACCCCAGUUUGGGGCAGGGGGAGCAGCAGGGACCCCAGUUUGGGCCAUUUCCCAUCCUUGGCUUCUGUUCCCCUCCCAGCCCUGGCUCUGGCUGCUCCCGAGGUUUGGAGCCCAGCCCAGCUCCCGAGCUGCUCCCUGAGUGAGGCUCCCCUGCCCCUUCUGGGAUUUUGGGGGGAACUGAAAAGGAAUCCGAGCUAGACUUGAAUUUUUUUCUCUUUAUUUUUGAACUGUGAACCCAUAGUGCAGCUUUGUUUUUUUUGGUGUUUUUUUUUUUUUUUUUUUCUUUUGUAUCAAUGUUGUGUCUCUGGGGUCUGAUGAAGUUUUCUCACCUCACUGAGGGUUUAACCACUGGGGGUCCCUUUUUUGGUGAUUUUUUAUUUGUUUAACACCCAAAAUGUGGAGCUGAAGACCGAGGCUGGAGCAGCUUUAGCUGGACUCACAUUCCCAAAUCCAGGAUUUCCCACCCAUUUCUGAAGGGCUGAACUCAGCAGGAACCAGAGAAUUCUGAUUUUAGAAGGGCAGAGGAAGAAAAGCUUGCAGUGUUCUGGGUUUGUGGCAGCCAGGACAGGAGCUGGGCUCACCCUGGCCUGGGUGGUGCCAAGGCCAGGCCUAACCCCCCCUAGACCCAGCUUUGAGCCCCCAGCCCUGAGCCUGGCAGGGCAAAGCCAUUUCUGUGCUUCCAGGCUGGAAGCUUUUCCCAAAUCCUGGGGCUGGAUGAGGGUGGGGGGGGCACUUCCCAGUUAUCCCAGUUCUCCCAGUUGAGUUGCUCACCCCCUCUGCUAUGCACACCCCCACUUUUGUACUAGUCUUGUGUUUAAAAAAAGUAAUAAACUUGAAGUUUAUAC